GCUGCACGAUGGGAGGCAGUUUACAGACAAACUCUCUGUGCAUGCAGUAUGGUACUUGCAGAAGUAUCAUCUCACAGCGGACAAGCCUAUCAUAGCAAUAUUGCAAGCCGCCCGUGCCGGGGGGGUUUUUUUUUCUUUGUUUGUUUGGGUAACACUCGGUUGGAACCGGCAAACUGCAAAUUUAAUUUUUUUUCCUCGAAACAAAUCAAACCCUCAUACCGCCACUGGCGCUGCGCAACUUAAUUUACUUUAUCGAGAAAUAUUAUACCGGUAUCUCUUUAUGCCCCCCCCCCCGCCCCGCUGUCUCCUUCACUCGCAGAAUAAUUAAUUAUGGUCGCUUACCGGUAGUCUACUCGAGUACUCGUUUCCUCACAUUCUUGUUCGCGUGUCUGACGGCGAAUACAAUGGGCUCGACCGGCUGUGUACGAGUACUGUACCGUAUAAUACCAGAGAAAUAAGGAUAUGGGGAUUUUCGAAAUUUGAUUAAGCAAUAAAUAACUACGAUUCCGGUUAUUA